AGCUACCUUCUAAAGGACUUUUGUGUGGGACUCACCACCUGGUCCUAACACUAGUCUUCUUUGAGAUGUUGCACUAUAGCCUGAUGAUCUACUUCCCAUAUCUAGAAGUCCUGCAUAGCACAGGAAGAAUAUGAAAAUUGACCUUUCCUUUCUGUACCUCUCUUCUUGUCUAGUGUGAAGAGUGACACAUCCCCCAUCCCCUAGGACUAACAGAAGUGUCUGUUCCACAGUAUGAAACCUUUUGACCUAGGUGUAUUAAAACCAGGCAAAAGUGUCUUGUUCCGUGACUAUGGACUGUAUGAUCAUGCCAUGCUUAGGUUUAAAGCUGGAAGCAAACUUGGAGAAAACUUUUAUGUUAGACAAGAUGGAACCCGAUCAUAUUUUUUUACUGAUGAAUUCCUGGCUCAGCUCUUUGUGGACACAGGUUAUGAAGAAGUGGUGAACGAGUAUGUGUUUCGAGAGACGGUGAAUAAAAAGGAGGGCCUGUGUGUGCCGAGGGUUUUCCUUCAGAGCAAAUUCCGAAAGCCUCCGAAGAACCCAAAGCCUGCAACCCUGGGCCUGGGUCACCUGGCUGGGAAUUGUGCCUCCCCUUGAGGAGAGGAGAGUUUGAGAUUACUUUUUUAAGAUUGUAUAUUUUUAUAUUUUAAUUUUUUAAAUUAGUAUAUAUAAUUCAUGCAUUUAA